GACAGUAUAAAUUUGAAACUCGAACGAUGAACUUCCCUUCUGUGAAAUCUCCAAUUAAAAACCCAUUCUUAUUAAAUUUUAUAUUAAAACGUCGAAAAAUUAGCAUGAAACGUUACAAAAUGUUGUUGGAUAUCAAAUAGGAUUGAUCUAAAGUCGUGUCAACCUACAGGGAAUAAAGCAAAAUGACUUCCAGCAGACUUGAUCGCCUUUUUGUGCUGCUUGAGACCGGAAGUUCUUCCGUUACAAGGUCGGCGGCGGCAAAACAGUUGGGAGAGGUGCAAAGACUCCACCCCCAUGAGUUAAACACCCUUCUCAGUAGAACAGCUACAUACUUAAGGUCGCCCAGCUGGGAUACGCGCAUAGCUGCAGCUGAAGCUGUCAAAGCUAUUGUUAGCAAUGUGCCUGAGUGGAAUCCAAAGGGAGUGCAAAAAACUGAAGAGGAUGGUCAAUGCCCCUCCUUAUCGUCCGUGGGUCGAUUACGUUUCGAUCAAUUCGAUAUGUCUAAGGUUUUAACCAACAGCACCCACCUAAUGGCCUCUGAAGGCAAGGAGUUUGACUUGGAGGAGGACUCUUCGUUGGGUGUGGAUGUAAAGGAGAAAAUGGCAAAGCAGAGGCAACUUUUAAAUGCCAGGUUGGGUCUCGAUGUAGCCGCUAAUUUGGGUUUUGAUACCUCCGGACUUUUUACUAACGAAGAUUUGGUCGGGGGAAUUCAAGAAGGGGCGGAAAAAAAUUAUGUUAGGAAACCUGUAAGUGAUGUUAUAUCAAGGCCAAGUGAGGCAUUAAGCUCACGGGAGAUGAAUAGGGCCAGAAGAAAGGCCAGAAUGGCCAUAAGCAAGCAAAGAUCCCGCGAUGUGGGCGAUGAUUGUAAUGGGGAUGAGCCUGAAAAGAAAAAAAUUAAGACUGAAGUCAAGGAGGAGUACAUAAUACAAUAUGAUUUGGAGGCUGGAGAUGCCGGCGAUUGGCCUUUAGAAUGGUUUUGCGACCAAUUAAGCCAAGAUUUGUUCAGCACUUCUUGGGAGGCUAGACAUGGUGCUGGAACCGCCAUAAGAGAGGUUUUGGCAGUACACGGAAAAGGCGCUGGAAGGGCCACAUAUUUGGAAGAAACUCAAAUGGAGGCUUACCAUCAAAUAUGGCUGGAAGAUAUGUCCAUACGACUGCUUUGCGUUCUGGCCCUGGACAGAUUUGGGGAUUUUGUGUCCGACGCGGUGGUAGCGCCGGUUCGAGAAACAUGCGCGCAAGCCCUAUGCGCAGUUCUAAAACUGAUGACGCCGCAAUCCUGCUACGGAGUCCUAAAAAUCCUCCUGCAAUUGUUGGACCACCAAGAGUGGGAGGCCCGUCACGGAGGUCUGCUAGGUUUAAAGUACCUCCUAGCUGUGCGGGAGGAUUUGAUCGACACCCUCCUCCCGGAAGCGUUCCCCUUCAUCCUGCAAGGCCUGUCGGAUAAUUUCGACGACGUUAGCGCCGUAGCUGCGUCCGCGCUGAUACCGGUAGCGGAAAAAUUAACCGUACUAGUCCCUCAUAGCGUCCCGCAAGUCAUAAACAAGCUGUGGGAUCUUUUAAGCGAGCAAGACGAGCUAGCCGCGGCCUGCAACAGCUUCAUGGGGCUGCUGGCUUCGAUAUUAAGUUUGCCCGAAGUUCAAAAAAUCAUCCCGCCGCAGCCGCUGCAAGAAGUGGUGCCGAGGUUGUGGCCGUUCCUCAGCCACGGCACCUCGUCCGUGCGCAAAGCCACGCUGCAAACGCUGAGCACGCUGACGGAGAAACCGGCGGACAGCGGCGACAUCAUGUGGGGCGCGCUGUUGCUGCAGGACGCUCUGAGGCACGUGUACCAGCGGGUGCUGGUGGAGCCCAACGGCGACGUCAGGAACUACGCGGAGAAGGUGUGGCGACAGCUGGUCAACAACUCGAAUUUAGUCGAGCUGCUGCACGCCGCGUGUCCCUUCAUAACGAUUUGGCUGUUGCUGGGCAUGCAGUCCAACAGGUCGCCCUUCGACCCGAACUUUUUGAUUUACGCCAGAUCGCAGAGGAAGAAGAACAGUUCGGACGGGUUGCAGAGCUUUGAUCACACUGUGGUGCCCCCAAAACUUUAUAUUGGAGGUAGCGAGACUACGCCACUGACCGUAAGAGAAAGCAACGCGGUUCAGGUCCGGUGCAUGACUUCGCGCAUGCUGGGCCUCCUGUCCUGCCAAAUAAUAAAACCCGCGCCCGGCAUCGAUUACAGCCCGGGCAUCGAAAAGCCCAUAGAAUGCUACGAAAAAGUCCUGUUGGUCCACCUGAAUUCGAAAUCGGCGCUGCAACGGACGAUGACCGGGCUCGUGAUCGCCGAAUGGGCUCGCCAGGACCCCGAACCGAAAGAAUGCCCGAUCAAUUUGAAGAACCGUUUGAAUCAAUGCCUGAACGAGUGCGUCUAUUUCGACGAAAUAGCCGUCAGCUUCACCAGAUUGGCGCAGGAAACGAGGGAUUUCGUCGCCACCAUGAAGCACUACAAGGUCCCCAUAACGAUCGAGAACGAUAGCGUGCUGACUCUUCAGAACAUACAGGAAUUGACGGGUACGAACACGCAGAACACUCUAGUCAAAUUCAAACUGAAAGCCAAAGUACUAGACAGCCUGGAGGAUAGAAGAAAAAGCAUACAGAACAGCGUUUCGCAAACCAGUAGCGAUCAGUUGCGAUUGAGUAUUUGCACCCUGGCGGCGCUAUCAGGGGCCGUUGUCAUGUUCAAAUGUCUCCCCGAGAAACUCACCCCCAUGGUAAAACCCCUAAUGGACUCCGUACGCAGGGAAACGGACGAGAAUCUGCAAAAAUUAACCGCCAAACAUCUGGCGUUUCUACUCGAUCAGUGCAGGGGUAGAAAUCCCUGCCCCAACGACAAAAUCAUCGGGAACCUUUGCACCUUUUUAAGAUGCGAUCCGGAAUUUACCCCUGUGGUCCACAAAACGGCGCAGGGUAACAACAGUCAAGCAACGUCAAAACCGAAAACAAGCAAUUACGUAGGGGUGGUAACCCUCAUCAACCAGCAGCGUAUCGCGGAGAAAGCCGCUUUCAAGCGAUCGAAUAGCACCGGUAGGGGGCCGGGUAGACCACCUGCUACCGAUAUACCGUUGGAGGAGUUGUUCCGCGAAGAAGACGAGGCCCAAAAAUUGAACCGAAUCCAGCGGAGGGGCUGCACGUUGGCUCUAACGGAAAUAACCGAGUAUUUCGGCGCCGAUUUGCCCCGAAACAUUCCCAAACUGUGGGAGAUCAUGGUCGGACAACUGGUUGAAGGUGUAAAGCUGGGAAAUUUCGAUCCCAGAGAGCUGCACGAUAAGGAUGCCGAUGCCGAAGCGUUGGUUUGGUCCUUGCAGGUGCUCGAAGUCGUCAGCACUAGUUUGCACGAAAGUCUCUUGCCCGAUAUUAUGGAGAAAAUGUUGAUUAGGCUUUGCAUGCUGUUGUCUCAUCCUUACAGCGCCGUCAGGCAUCUUACGGCGAGAUGUUUGGCAAGUUUUUCUAAAUUGGAUUCUGUGAAGGUUAUGGAAUUCGUCGUCACUCAAGUACUGCCUAAAUUGGGAGCCACAGACUCGGAAAUCGAUCGUCAAGGGGCUGUAGAAGCAAUCGCGUGCAUAGUAGACGCCCUGCAGUUCGACAUAAUCCCCUUCGUCGUACUUCUAGUCGUACCGUUGCUGGGCAGGAUGUCGGACCAAAACAAAUCCGUCAGGCUGAUGAGCACGCACAGCUUCGCCACGCUGGUGCAGCUGAUGCCGCUGGACGGCGGCGUGCCCGAACCUCCGGCCCUGCAGGGCAGCGCGCUGAACGCGCGUCGCGACAAGGAGCGCGAGUUCCUGCAGCAGCUGCUGUCGCCCGCCGCCAUCCCCGACUACGGCGUUCCGGUGCCGAUAGCGGCCGAGCUGCGCACCUACCAGCAGGCGGGCGUCAACUGGCUGGCGUUCUUGAACAGGUACAAGCUGCACGGCAUCCUGUGCGACGACAUGGGCUUGGGAAAAACGCUGCAGAGCAUUUGCAUACUGGCUGGCGAUCAGUAUUACAGGGAUCAGAGGUUUAGGGAGACCAGAGCGCCGGAUUGCGCGCCGUUGCCGUCUUUGGUCGUGUGUCCGCCAACUUUGACAGGGCACUGGGUUUACGAAGUGGAAAAAUUCUUAUCCCAGAAAUACCUGAAACCGCUGCAGUACAACGGUUCGCCAACAGAGCGCGAACGUCUCCGCCUAAAAUUCAAAAAGUACAACCUCAUCGUGGCCUCGUACGAUAUCGUGCGCAAAGACGUGGCCUUCUUCGGCAAAAUAAAAUGGAACUACGUCAUACUAGACGAAGGCCACAUCAUAAAGAACGGCAAAACGCGUACGAGCAUCGCCAUAAAAGACUUGGUGGCCAAUCACAGGCUGAUACUUUCCGGCACCCCCAUACAAAACAACGUGCUGGAAUUGUGGAGCCUGUUCGACUUUCUGAUGCCCGGAUUUUUGGGGACGGAAAAACAAUUCACUGCCAGGUACUCGCGGCCCAUCUUGGCCAGCCGCGACCCGAAAUGUUCGCCGAAAGAACAAGAGGCUGGGGCACUCGCCAUGGAGGCCUUGCACAGGCAAGUGUUGCCUUUCUUGCUCAGAAGGAUGAAGGAGGAUGUCCUGGACGAUUUACCGCCGAAAAUCACGCAGGAUUACUACUGCGAAUUGAGUCCUUUGCAGGAGCAAUUGUACGACGACUUUUCCAAAUCACAAGCUCAUCAAACUUUACAGGAGAGCUUCACGUCCGAUAAAACAGCAAGCUCAAUGCAAGGAAACACGCACGUGUUCCAAGCUCUCAGAUACCUGCAAAACGUGUGCAACCAUCCGAAGUUGGUUCUGAACGCGUCGCAUCCUCAGUACAACAGCAUAACGGCUCAGCUGCGGCAAGAAGAGAGCCGCCUGGACGACAUAAACCAUUCCGCGAAGCUGCCCGCGCUCAAGCAACUGCUGCAAGAUUGCGGCAUAGGAUUGAGUUCGGAGGAUAAGUCGGCCGAAUUCGUCAUCAACGAGCACAGGGCUUUGGUUUUCUGUCAGCUCAAGGCCAUGCUCGACAUUAUUGAGAACGAUCUUUUCAAAAAACACAUGCCAUCUGUUACUUAUCUGAGAUUGGACGGAUCUGUUCCACCAGGGCAGAGACAAACACUAGUAACAAGAUUCAAUAACGAUCCAUCCAUAGACGUGCUACUAUUAACCACCCAAGUGGGCGGUUUGGGGUUAAAUUUAACUGGUGCAGAUACCGUGAUAUUCGUCGAGCAUGACUGGAACCCCAUGAAGGAUCUGCAAGCCAUGGAUCGCGCUCACCGUAUCGGUCAACGCAAAGUCGUCAACGUUUACAGAUUGAUCACCCGAGCAACUUUGGAGGAAAAAAUAAUGGGCUUGCAAAAGUUCAAAGUGCAGACCGCGAACACGGUAAUAAGCGGCGAGAACAGCCACUUGGAGACGAUGGGAACGGAACAACUGUUGGAUUUGUUCUCGCACAAGCCGAACGCGAACGGCGAAGGAGGAAACAGUCAGGGAACCGGAAGCGUGAAGGCCAUCUUGGAUUCCUUGCCGGAACUGUGGGACCAAAAACAGUACGAUAGCGAGUACGACCUCAGCAACUUCAUGUCCAAGUUGAAGUAGAGGAAGUAAUUGUACAAAAAAUGGUUAACAACAAGCAAUAACGUCCGUCUAAAUUAAACUAGGAUUUUACCAAAGACUAUUUAUUUUGUAGCUUAGAGUCCCACCAUCAUUAUUCCAUUACCAUCAUUAUUUAAUUAAUUUAUAUCAUUAAAUUC